ACGUGGACCUCUUCUGAAAGCCACCUCUCGGUCCUGGCCGCCAUUUCACCUUCUGUAGUCUCGCAUCAAACUACGCAUUAGUGCGUUUCGUCGCACUGCACCACAUCGCGUACUAUCGCACAGUAUCGCAGAGUGUAGGUCGUCACCAUGGCUGUUGUGGCGACUAAUGCUCUCCUUUCGCCCACGUUACUCCCCACACACCCAGUCCAUACCCGAGCGCCACGUGGCAUCUCAAAAAACAGUCCAGGUUCAGCCAAUGGCCCUCGCGCCCACAGCUUUUCCCGCCAAAACUAUCCGACACUCCUCGGCAUCUCUCAAGUACCCGCACCGCGCGUCAAUCGCGUAGCUGUAGCCGCCGCUACAACCUCGCCGUCCCAGGCUACCACCGCCCCCGGUAAAUCCCUCCCUGAUCGCCGCGUGUCGGGCUCCAAUUGGUCGCAAAACCGUGGCAGCAGCGGGGGAGGGAGCAGCAGCAGCACUAGUACCGACGAUGUCACCACCGUUGUACGCGAUAUAAGCGUUUCGUUGGAAGGGUACGACUCGUCGUUGGAGUACCUUCAAGAGCAGGACUCCUUCUCUCGCUACUCGGGCUACAUCGCUCGGGCCGCGGGGCCGGGUGGUGACGAGUGGGCGGAGUACGAUGCGCGCGCCAUGGGAGAGUACUUCCGCGCGCGCCCGCUGCUGGUGGCGCGGCGGCUGGCGCAGAUCGGCGCGGUGGCGGGCGCGUGGGCGGGGAAGCGGUGGGUGGACGCGAAGCUGGGGCGCGCGGAGGCGACGUUCAAAGAGAGGGCCGCCGAGCUCCGACAGGCGCUCGUGCUGCUGGGCCCGGCUUUCGUGAAGAUCGCUCAGGCUGUCUCCUCCCGCCCGGACGUCAUCCCGCCCGCCUACGUGGACGAGCUGUCCCUACUGCAGGACCGCAUAGCGCCCUUCCCCACACGCACGGCGCUCGACAUGAUCGAGGCCGAGCUGGGCGUGCCCGUCGACCUCAUCUUUGAUGAGAUCUCGCCCUCCCCAGUUGCCGCUGCGUCGCUGGGGCAGGUGUACCAAGCGCGACUGAGGGCGGGCGGGCAGAGGGUAGCAGUGAAGGUGCAGCGGCCGGGCGUGCGGGCGGCCAUCGCAUUGGACAUCUUCAUUCUGCGCAUCCUUGCCGGCUGGCUAAGGCAGUACCGCCGCCUCAACACGGACCUCAAAGCCGUGGUGGACGAAUGGGCCACCAGUCUGUUCAGGGAGAUGGACUACGAGCAGGAGGCGCAGAAUGGAAUCAGAUUCGCCGAGCUGUUUGGCCGCAUAGACAAGGUGGUCGUGCCGCGCAUGUAUCCCGAGCUCACCACCCGCCGCGUGCUCAUCAUGGAGUGGAUCGAUGGCCAGCGCUUGGCUGACAGCAAGGAUGUGAGCCUCGUUGAGGUGGGCGUGUACUGCUCGCUGUCUCAGCUGCUGGACUACGGCUUCUACCACGCGGACCCGCAUCCUGGAAACUUCCUGCUCACCUAUGAUAACAAGCUCGCGUAUCUGGACUUCGGCAUGAUGGGCAGCAUGGACCGGGACGUGCGCGAGGCAUUCAUCCGAGCGGCCGUGCAUCUGGUCAACCGCGAGUUCGAGCUGCUGGCGGGGGACUUCGUCACGCUGGGUCUGCUCCCCCCGGGUCAGGAGACGAGUGAGGUGUCGUACGCGCUGACAGAGGUCUUCAAGGACGCCGUCAGCUCCGGCGUGAGGAACAUCAGCUUCGGCAGCCUUGCCACCCAGCUCGGCCAAACCAUGUACAACUUCAAGUUCCGUCUGCCGGCUUAUUUCUCUCUCGUGGUCAGAAGUCUAUCAGUGCUGGAGGGUAUUGCUUUGAAGCGAGAUCCAAACUACAAGGUGAUAGCGAGCUCGUACCCGUGGAUCGCCAAGAAGGUGCUCACAGACCCCUCGCCUCAGCUGCGCUCCACCGUCACCAACCUGCUCUUCAAGGACGGGCAGUUCCGAGCGUCGCGACUGGAGAGCCUGCUCAAAGAGAUCAUCUACGGCUGGUCUCUGCAGUCGUCCAAGCCCAUGUACGGCCCGGAUUCAGCCGCCAAGAACCAACCAACGGACGACACGUCCAAGGAGGGCCGCACAAAAACACUCAAGAGGAUUCUCAAGUUCGGGCUGAGCGAGGAGGGCCGGUUUAUUCGGGAGCUGCUGUUGGACGAAGUUGCCAAGGGACUAGACGCGCUCAACCGAAUCACCCUUGACUCCUCCUCCGCCGCCCUCCUCUCACGCCUGCCGCCCGCGCUUCGGCCGGCGUUAUUCGGCCCGCUCCAGCUGGCAACACCUGAGGACGAGGAGCACCUGGAGAAUCUCCAGAGGCUGGCCACCAUCGUGGCUGACCUGGACCCGUCAGGGGGGCAGGGGGGUGCGGGCAGUGAGGGGGGAAGUGGUGGUGGGGAGGAGAGAGAAGGGUGGGCAGGGAUUCAGGCGGCCGUGGAUCGAGCGACAGUGAUCAUCCAACGGCUGCCGUCGCGAGAGAUCUUCACAGAGCUGCCCCUGCCGGCGCAGCAGACGGCGCUGCUGCUGCCAGUGGAGCUGGCGGGGCGAGUGGCGUCGCGCACUGUGGCAAGAACCAUCCGCAGCAACGUGGGCGGCGGGGCAAGAGCGUCAUGAGGUGCCUCGAGCGCCGUCUGAGCAGUGAGGUUCUAGUCAGUGCGUGGAUCUCUUGAGGCUCACAUAUUAUCAACUAUGAUUGAUGUAUUAGGCCUCUGGUAUUAUUUGAAGGGAGACACUAGAUGGCAUGCACUAAGAGCGUGUUCCUACAGCCUCUUCCCAGGGGUCCUCUUUGUCAGAAACUAGCUUAGCUAGGAAGCCAUAGAAUGGCACAAGGUUUAGCUAGGAGCUAGGAGGAGCCAUGAGAAUGGCGAGAGGUUUUAGGUGCUAGGAAAGUUGAGGAGAGAAAAGGGGUUGGAUUAGAAGAGAGGGGAGUACAAGGAGGGGUUUGUACCCCCUACAGAAAGGUUCAGUAACAACCUACCAAGCCUAUAUAAAUUAUAACUUAUAUAAUAAACUAGCUUAGCUAGGAAGCCAUAGAAUGGCACAAGGUUUAGCUAGGAGCUAGGAGGAGCCAUGAGAAUGGCGAGAGGUUUUAGGUGCUAGGAAAGUUGAGGAGAGAAAAGGGGUUGGAUUAGAAGAGAGGGGAGUACAAGGAGGGGUUUGUACCCCCUACAGAAAGGUUCAGUAACAACCUACC